CUAUGGUUUCUUGUAGACGUUCACUCUUCAGUCUUGUAAGUAUUGAGUUAGUGAGUUGUAGAAUGGUGUUGUGGUCAACUCUAUAGUUCGCGAGGUUCGUCCCCACCGUCAUUAUCUAACGAGAACGAUAUUGUGUGUAUUAUGUGAAAAUAAGUGGGUCUCGUCUCUGAGCGCCAAAUAUCACAGUCCGUUAUAAGUUAUAACCUAGACAAUUAUUGAAAUUCACUGAAACGAGACGGCAAUUGGACCAUUCAAUUUCUGCUUGAGUCGUUUUCGUAACGGUGAGUCCAACUAGGCAACAAUAUGAUGUAUUUGCCAUAAAUCAAGGUAUACUUGUUGCGCGGUUUUCAUCCGAUUGGAAUCUGUUUAAGAAAUGGGUUCCAAAAUAGAAUACGUGGACUCGUCGCAGAUGUACGCCACAAACUAUGUGCGUAACGCAAAAGCGGUUGGCGUAUUGUGGGGUAUAUUUACAGUUUGCUACGCAAUAAUUGUAGCAGUGGCCUUCAUCACUCCAGAAUGGAUAGGUGACACUACAACAUCUGAAAAUCCUGCCCGUUUCGGUUUAUGGAGCAGCUGUUACUUCGGCAAUGGUGUGUCGAGUGCUAUCGAGGACUGUCAGGGAAAACUGGAAGAUCUGUCGAACAUAUCAAGCGUAGCCAUAAGAGUGGCGGCUAUUUUUGGCAGUGUGUCUGUGUGCAUUGCCAUAAUUAUUGUGGUGAUGUUGUUGCUGUUCUUUAUAUUUCAAUCGACUACAGUGUACCUUAUUUGUGGAUGGCUACACGUUUUAUCCGCUGGAUGUCUGAUCGUGUCCAUUGUGGUUUUUCCAAUGGGCUGGGAUUCACCAAAUAUUCAGAAAACAUGUGGUCCAGAUGCUAAAAGCUACAGUCUUGGUGACUGUAAUUUUCGUUGGGCAUAUUUGUUAGCAGUCAUUGCAAGUGUGGAUGCACUUAUUCUAUCGGCUUUGGCUUUUAUUUUAGCCACAAGGCAUAUAAAACUUCAACCAGAACCCUUAUACGCAUCUACAUUGCGCAAAGGUGAGCUCAAUGGUGGAUAUUUAGGCGACAGUAGUGCAUCAAUGGCUGGUUCUAGAAAGUCAUUGAAUUUGCAACCAGUUAUGUUGAUGCCACAGCCAAUGAUGGACCAAGAUCGGUUUUCUGAAUUUUCUAAUAGGACUGGUCGCUCCCACAAAGGUGCCAUGUACAGACAAGAGUAUGCUUCAUCUAGUAUUCAUAAUUUUCAACUUUAAGGAAUUUCCAGAAAAAACUAUGAUACUUUUAGGUUUUACUCUUUUAGUGAUAAGGAAGAUAAAACAAGGGUACAAUCAUUAUUAUAUUUUUUUUUGUAUUUUAAAUUAUUAAUUUGAAAGAUUUUAGCCAUUAAAUUGUCAAUGUUAAUGUGAAAUUAUUUCUACUGUUGAUUAUAUAUUUAUUUUUUUAAGUAUUAUAAACGUAACUAAAUUUUUAAAACUAAUAUUAUUUAAAAUGUUACUAUAAUUUCAAAAUUGUUGGGCAUAUCUAAACGUUUUAAUUUAAUUUAUAUUUAAAAUGUAUAUGCAAUACUUUUACAAAUUGCUUGCAAUUUACUUUUAAAGUUGUCCAAUAUUUUUAAGUAUUAUUGUGAAUCUCAUUAUUUUCAUUUGUUUGGUUAUACUAACUAUGAACAUUGUAAACAAUGAAAUUAAUUUUAGGAAGUCCUUCCAGUUAUAUAAUAUCUUUUUAUAUUUUUAUACAUUUAUCAAUAAUGAAUCAUGUUAUAACUGGCUUUACAAGGUAAAUAAUAAAAUAUACUUAUUAAUUAUAA